AUGCUAUACUUGGAAAAGGUCGGAAGAGGUAAUAAGCAUCAAACAAAUGUUACGUUAGAACGGAUAGGAAAAUAUCUUCUAGAUGAUAUUUUUGAAAAGGGGAAAUAUAGGAUGCAAGGAAACUCUAAGGGUAAUGUAGAUAAUGAGAUGGUGAAUGAGCGAGUACAGGGAAACAAGGCUGGCUAG